ACGAUGUGACGUCGAAUUCAAGAUGGCGGGUCCCCGAGCCACGAUGAAAUUUUGGAAGCCGGGGUCCGAAGCGCCUGGGAUCUCCGAGGAACGUGAACUCAACACCGAGAUCACUGGCUCCACUGUCGUCUUCAACCCUUUUAUUUCCCUUUCCAUAGAAAAGCAGAGACAGAAGCUCCCCGUUUUCAAGCACAGAAACAACAUCCUGUACUUGGUGGAACGCUUUCAGACGGUCAUCGUAGUUGGGGAAACCGGAUGCGGGAAGACCACACAGAUCCCCCAGUACCUGCUGGAGGCCGGCUGGGCGGCAGAGGGGAGGGUGAUUGGCGUGACGCAGCCUCGACGUGUGGCUGCUAUCUCUGUGGCCGGCCGUGUUGCGGAGGAGAGAGGCGCCCGGUUAGGGCAUGAGGUGGGCUACACCAUUCGAUUUGAUGACUGCUCUGACCCUCAAGCUACAAGGAUCAAGUUCCUUACAGAUGGAAUAUUAGUCCGGGAGAUGAUGGCUGAUCCCCUGUUGAAAAAAUACAGUGUGUUGAUGCUGGAUGAAGCGCAUGAGAGAACCCUGUACACGGACAUCGCCAUCGGUCUGCUAAAGAAGAUCCAGAAGAAACGUCAAGACCUGCGGCUGAUUGUGGCCUCUGCCACUCUGGAUGCCAAGAAAUUCCAUGAGUUCUUCAACCUGAACGAAUCUGGAGAUCCCAACAAGGACACGUGUGGCAUCCUAACUGUGGAGGGCCGCAGCUUCCCGGUUGAUAUUUUCUACACUGUCAGCCCUGUACCCGACUAUUUGAAGGCCGCAGUGGAGACUGUGAUGAAGAUACACGAGACAGAAGAUGCUGGAGAUGUUCUGGUGUUCCUUACCGGGCAGGAAGAAGUGGAGAAGGUGGUGUCCCUUUUACAGGAACAGGCCAGGUCCAUGUCACGACAAGGGAUGAAGAAACACCUGAGAAUUUUGCCAAUGUAUUCCGGUUUACCUUACGCCGAGCAGAUGAAGGUCUUUGAGCGGGUGCCCGUCACAGUUCGCAAAGUGGUGGUGGCCACUAACAUAGCUGAGACAUCCAUCACCAUCAAUGGUAUGGUUUUUGUCAUCGACUGUGCUUUUGUCAAACUCCGUGCGUAUAACCCCAGCACUGCCAUUGAGUCACUGGUGGUGACUCCCAUCUCCAAGGCUUCAGCAAGCCAGCGAGCAGGGAGAGCCGGCCGGAACCGACCGGGGAAAUGCUUCAGACUCUACACAGAGGAGGACUUUGAGAAACUGCCUCAGUCUACUGUGCCAGAGAUGCAGCGCACCAACUUGGCCCCAGUUAUCUUGCAACUCAAAGCUUUAGGCAUUGACAAUGUUCUGCGCUUCAGCUUCCUUUCGCCUCCUCCAGCCCAGAGUAUGGUUCAGGCUCUUGAGCUUCUUUACGCUCUGGGAGGCCUGGACAAUUACGGACGUUUGACCGAUCCCAUGGGCGUGCGCAUGGCGGAAUUCCCACUUAGUCCCAUGUUUGCCAAGAUGCUCCUGGAGUCGGGAAACUUUGGCUGCUCCAAAGAGAUUGUCACCAUUGCGGCGAUGAUGCAGAUUCAGAAUAUCUUCGUUGUACCUCCCAAUCAGAAGAAAGCAGCUGCACGUCAGCACAGGAAAUUUGCCGUUGCUGAAGGAGAUCACCUCACCAUGCUGAAUGUGUACGAAGCUUACAUGAAGCACCAGAAGAGCUCCAAGUGGUGUCAGGAGCAUUUUCUCAAUUACAAAGGUCUGCAGCGCGCCGUGACAGUACGAGAGCAGCUGCGGCGUCUCAUGGCCAAGUUCAAGGUGGUGUGGACUUCCAGCGAAGGUGAUCCUGAUGUCAUCCUGAGGUGCAUUGUGUCUGGGUUUUUUGCUAAUGCAGGGCGCAUUCACCACUCUGGUUCCUACCGGACUUUACGGGAUGAUCGCGAGCUUCACAUCCACCCCAACUCUGUACUGUAUGGAGAAAAACCGCCAAAAUGGGUUGUCUUCAAUGAAGUGUUGCAGACAAGCAAGUACUUCAUGCGAGAUGUGACUGCAGUGGAGUCGUCCUGGCUGGUUGAGUUGGCCCCUCACUUCUACAAGCAGGCUAAACACGGUUCACUUGGCAGCAAGCGAUCCCGUAUCCUGUAAACCUGUUCAUCGUUUCGCCCUCUCAGUGUAUACAAAGAUGUCAUAUUUAUUGAUCAUGUCCACAUGCACAACUUUGAUCAUGCUCGACAGCAUUUGAUUUUUUUGGUAGAAACCUUUAAAUUAGAUCCGUGUGCGCGGGAUUGUUGAUGAAUGUGAGAAGAACUCAUACUUGUACAUAGUCAGAGAAGGCUCAGGUCCGGGGAAUGCUUGCAGUCAUACCUGGUUUGAGGCUUUAUUAUUUUUUUAGAAGUUGUAUUCUUUGAUUGGUGGAUGACAAAUGGAUGGAAAAUAAUGAAAUGUGAGGAUAUUUUCCCAUUUUGACCCUUGUUUUCUUUCUCAAUUCAUUUGUCCUCUCAUAACCUAGGUGCCUUUAGGAAUGUAACUGAUAACUUCCCCUCCGGUUAAUUUUUAGUUUAUUAGUCCUGUGAUGACACUGUGAAAAGACCUUCUUUACCUGUUGUGUAAACAUCCUACUUGAAGUCCAGAUUGUGCAGCCUUUUCACCGUUCAGUGCCAAUUUCCUUCCAUCAGCCUGUUUCUCAUUUCAUUCCUCAAUGAAUUGUGCAAAUACACGCAAGCGUUGCACACGGAAAUCUGUGAAAACCAGACAAUGUGACGUGAUGUGGCUGCUGACGUAGCGACUUUAAAUGACAUUAAAUGCACUUGGAUGUAGCCUAAAGCCUCAAAAGAACUAACAUUUAUAAAUCCUUUACAUUUUUUUUUAAUAGCGCUUAAAUCGUUCUGAUCUUAUCAUCUCUACAGUACUAUAGUUCAAUAAAUAGGCUUGCGACAGUGUGACUUACUAUACAAAUGCUUUUGUCAGGUUUCCCUCCAUUUCAGCUAAAACGUCAGCAAAUCGUCCAUGACAAGUUUGUGAUUAUAUUACAAGAAUUGCUAUUAAUCCAGCGCAUUCAGUAAUUUAGACAGACUUAGAUGAAGUUCCACUGCUGUAGAUCUGUAAAACCAAUCGCAGCCCACAGAAGCACAAAAUACAGUAGCUAGGCAACCCGACCGUUGCAUGUUUUAAAUGGUCUGAUGCAUAUUCAUAAAGUUAUUGCCGGCAUAAACGAUUAUCACCUUCCAUUUCUUCCUCACAUCCUCGAUUAAAAGCUUAACACUGCA